GGCCAGUAUAUAGCAUGCGAGUGUCGAUACACGCCCUCCGUUGUGACUUCUUGUGCCAUCAAGAUACACAGAGCGAGCGGACGCGGUCGAGGUAAGCCUGUGCUAAUUUGCAUAUUGGCUUGUUCAGUUGCUUUUCACGCCAUAACUUUUAAACGCAGUAGUUAUACGAAAAUCGCCUGUUUUAAAAUGAUGCCAGUUUAGCGAUGAACCCGUUGGUAUCGCUGUUUUGUUGUCUCGUUGCGCGUAGUCGCAGAAAGCGUGGUAACAGACAGACGGAAGGACAGACGACAGACACACUUACAAAACCGUAACCCUCGCUGCGCAUGCGUGCCGAGGGUUAGCUACCAUGGAGUGCAACCACUGAAGUGCAUACGUUUGGUGUAUGGCAUGAUAGUGAUUUGAUAGAAUUAUUAACACUUAGGGAGAAAUGUAGCUCUUUCUUCACUCUUGCUGGUUAGCAAGGGGGACCACACACAGUAGGCUCACUCCUCCUUUCUAAUUAGGCACUUUUUUUGUAUAUCACUCUACAGGACCAAUGUAACUGUGCUCAGUUGCACCUGUUAUCAAUACAUAUGGAACCAAAUCUCCAUGGUCUGUGUCCUCUGAAUUGUCAAGAUCUACUAUCCUGGCUUCCUUCAAAUCUAGCAUUUUUUAUACUUUCAUUUUUAGAUCCAGUAAGUUUAUGCCGAGCAUCACAAGUAUGUCGCAUUUGGUAUCACAUGGCUAAUGACUGCAGAUUAUGGAUGAAAUUUUGCAGGUUACGUGUAUGGCAGCUAUCUCAGACAGGAGAAGACAAGCAACGGAACAAGCAUGUUUCCGUGGAUGGAAGAAUAAUGUGGAAAGCCAUGUUCAGUGAAAGGUUUAGGAUUCGAAGGAACUGGCUCAAAGGGUUUUGUAACGUGAGAACCUUUGAGGGGCACACACAAGGUAUUUCUUGCAUUCAGUUCGAUGAUACGAGGAUCGUCAGUGGAUCCUGGGAUAAAACUAUUAGGUGUGGAAUCGACGCACAAAAUACUGCUUGGGCUGCCCUGACUCUUACCGGUCAUUCUGGCACUGUGCGAUGUCUCCACUUACAUGAUAACCGAUUGGUCAGUGGUUCAUCUGACAGAACCAUCAAGGUUUUGGACUUAUCGACAGACAAUGUUAAUUGGGUGUGGAGCAACUUGUAGGAUCACCAUGGUUGGACAUAUGCACACAGUCAGAUGUUUGCAGGCGGACCAUGAAAAAGUUAUCAGUGGAUCUUAUGACAGCACGCUCAAAGUGUGGGACCUUAGUACUGGAGAAUGCUUACUUACUCUGAGCUGCAGGCUGGUAGUCACAGUUUACUCAAAGUCAACCCACUUUUGUGAUAUGGCCAUACCACUGAGCGGCAAUUCACUAUGGAGGUAGAGUAUCGCAUUUCUGGAUGAGAAGAGAAGGAUGAAAAUUAAGUACAUCUGUCUAAGAACAUGCAUACUGACAGAUAUCUAAACUUCCGCUCACACCACCACCCCAGGACAUUCUCUGGUGCGGUGAAGAGCCUGAAACAUAGGGCUAUUAAUAUCUGCCAACCAGAGAAACAAGAAGAGGAACUACAACACCUCAAGGAUACCUUUCAUAGGAAUGGUUAUCCAUCCAGAGUGAUUGACCCAAUAAUGAAGAAAAGCCACUCCGCCCCAAAAUCCAAGGGAUAGAGAAGAUGAGGAUAAUGAAUAGAAACAAAUACUCUAUUUACCCUACGUAAAAGGUCUUUCAGAGAGGAUUGAGAAAGAACGCAGAACCUUAGAGAAUAGCAAGCUGAAGCUGGCCUUUCGACCGAUCAGAACAAUUAGGCAGACACUGGUACGAGUCAAGAGCAAGAUCCUCCCCGAAAACAAGCAAGGUGUUGUGUAUAAGAUCCAUUUGGUGAGUGUGAACAAGUAUAAUAUGUUGGCGAAACAGGCAGAAGCCUGAAGGUUCGGAUCUCUGAAAACAAACAAGCUGUGAAACGGGGUGACAUGAAUAACGGCAUCGCGGUACACGUAAAAAAAGGGUCAUACCAUCAACUUGGAGGAAGAAGCCAGCAUCAAGACCACAGAGACGGGUUACUGGAAGAGGAGGGUACAGGAAGCCAUUAGAAUCCAGAACAAAUCAACCCGAUGAACUUGGACUGUGGGCUGACUUUGAGGAAUCUUUGCGCAUGUGCUAAUGUUAUGCUUUUUAUUUUGUGGAGCCAUUGUGAAUGUUUGCCGUGAUUGACUCAGUUAAAACAAGCCCUAGAGUCAUACAUGCACAGGUCGUCUUAACUUUCUACAAAUGGUUUACGUGACCUCUACAUACUCAACAAAAAGGUGCAUGUAAUGUUCUUUGCACUUGUAGCACUUAUGUUUAGCAAAACUAUUUGUACUGCAACUUAGGUCAAACUCCAGAAAUCAAAACAAGUCAAGAACUAAACGCAUAUCAAGGCCAACAUGAGAGACCUACUAAAAAUAUUGGUGAAUGAAUUUGAUCAUGGAUAUCAAGUCCUGUUGCUGUCAAGUGACAAAAACGGCUGCUGAGUAGAGGAAUUUCAUAAUUUUAGCUAGAAAGAUUGUUUAGCAGUUAUGAGCUGGUAAUUAAUUUUUAACUACAGUUUUAUACUAGAGUUAAUUGGUUUACUUUGGUCUG